UCCGUGAAUUGCCAAAUUGCUGGAUAACAGUUGCUCUGGAGUAUGGAUAGCCCAUCUGUUCUUUUUUUUCUUAUCAAAAAGAAAGUAGCAAAGGUUUCAGUGAUGCUCGAAGGCUGUUGAUAAUGGCUUCUUCAGUUACCUCCUCUUUUCAAACCAGCAAUCUGAGAUCUGUGUUUUUGGGUGAGAGAAAUGGAGUUGGUGUGCCUAUUGCUCCUACAACUCGUGUUGGGUUCUUGAGAAAGAUGAUAGUAUGUAAGGAGUCACGAAUAGGGAAGCAACCGAUUCAAGUGCCUACCAAUGUGACAAUCACAUUGGAUGGCCAAGAUUUAAAAGUGAAGGGUCCUUUGGGGGAACUUUCAAGAACUUAUCCUCGAGAAGUCAAGCUUGAAAGAGAUGAGAAUGGAGUUAUCCGGGUUAAAAAAGCACUGGAGACGAGAAGAGCAAACCAAAUGCAUGGGCUUUUCAGGACACUUACCGACAACAUGGUGGUGGGAGUGUCAAAGGGGUUUGAGAAAAGACUGCAAUUAGUUGGUGUCGGUUAUCGUGCAACAGUAGAAGGAAAAGACUUGGUAUUAAGUCUUGGAUUUUCUCAUCCAGUUAGAAUGACAAUACCUGAUGAUCUAAAAGUGAAGGUGGAAGAAAACACGAGAAUCAUUAUUAGCGGAUAUGAGAAAUGCAACAUCGGCCAGUUUGCUGCUUCUAUUCGGAAAUGGCGGCCUCCUGAACCAUAUAAAGGUAAAGGUGUGAGGUAUGCCAAUGAAGUUGUAAGGUUGAAGGAAGGAAAAGCAGGGAAGAAGAAGUGAUCGAUGCAUUUCUUUGUUGUAUUUUGUCCUAUGUGCAGGAUGUAUUUCAGUGAUUUGUUUUGUUGACAAGCAAAUUUAUUUUACAUUUCAUUUGCGUUUUCUGUUAUGGGUUAGAUUAUUGCAGAAAGCGAUGUAGAAGCUAGUGCAAUCAGAAGCCUUGAAACAAAAGUCUAAUAUAAAAGGCGGUUUAGUCGUCAUUUCUUAUUUUUUA